AUGAAAGCUGCCAGUCUGCACGUUAACCUCAUCAUCGCCAUAUCAUUUCAAAUCCAAGUGCUGGAGGACCAGAGCCAGAAACAACUCAACAACGUGUGUCACUGUGCAUCUCUCCCAGAGCUGAACAGUGAUGUGCUGGGUGGGGGAAGAAUCGUGAAUCAGGCGGUGCAUGGCGAUAUGGUUGCCGUGGAGCUGUUGCCGAAGGGGGAGUGGAGGGGGAGAACCACGGCCCUGACGGAGGGACAGGGGGAGGAGAAGGGAGACGAGACACAGAGCCAACCCAUGGCCACAGGUCGUGUGGUAGGGAUCCUUCAGAGGAACUGGAGGGACUAUGUUGUGACCUUCCCCCCCAAGGAGGAGACCCAAUCACAGAGCAGGAACUCCCAGCGUAUCCUGGCCACGCCCUGGGACCAACGCAUCCCCAAGAUCCGAAUCAGCACCCAACAGGCUGACAAACUACAGGAUCACCGGGUGAUAGUUCGUCUGGACUCGUGGGACAGCACCUCCCUCUACCCUAACGGACACAGUGUCAGGGUUCUGGGCCGGGCUGGGGAGCUGGAGACUGAGGUCCAAACCAUCCUCAUAGAGAACUGCAUCCACGUACCUCCUUUCUCUGAGGCGCAGCUCGGUGAGAUGCCAGUGUCCUCCCCCGAGAGCCCCUGGUCGGUAGACCCCGCUGAGGUGAUUACCAGACGGAUCUGA